AUGUGGACUAUUCUCUCCGUUUUACUGAUUAGUGCCGUCGUUGCUGAGUAUGUGGAUGAACCUGUCGGACCAGAUGGAGGACAGACAAAGCCAUUACCGAAAUCGUAUCCGGAAGCACCACAACAAUAUGUUACUAAUGGAGCCAGUGCGUGUAAUCAACCACAGAGCGAUGCUGCGAGAAGACCUGCGCCAAGACCAGCUCCGAGGCCGGCUCUGAGACCUGCACCGAGACCUGCGCCGAGACCUGCACCGAGACCUGCGCCGAGGUAUCCACCGAGACCUGCACCGAGACCUGCGCCGAGAUAUCCACCGAGGCCUGCACCGAGACCUGCGCCGGGACCUGCGCCGGGACCUGCUCCAGCAUCAAAUCCCAGUCCCCAGGUGGCCCCCACAUACCCUGCGGGAACAGCGCCUGGAAGUGGUCAAGGGCAGUCCGGUGGAACUGGAAAUCCCAAUCCUCAUGGUGGCAGACUUAGCUUGUCGUUGUCUGAUGCGGUUCGUCCACGACCAGUGCCGAGACCACAGCCUCGCCCAAUGCCAGUGAUCAGAACUCCAGGUGCUCGAGUUGCGCUUCCUAGUCAGAACUCCGGUCAAAUUAAACCGCAAGCAGCUCCAAUGAGUGAUGCUCCGGCUAAUCCCUACCGACAAUGA